AUGGAGAGAUUACAACUCGAAGAACUCGUUGAUAUUGAAAGUGAGUUUGCUUUGGUCAAUUUUCAUUUCUAUUUUUCGGGGAGGGAUGUCAUUUGUUUGUGUAAGGAAAUGAUUAACAGACUGAUUGAUAAGACAAAUAUUUUUGUUUCUCACAUUUGUAGUAAUCAUUGUGGUUUUUGAAUAUUUUGAUGAGGAUGUCCUACACGGUUACUGUAGGAAAUGGUGAGUUUUGAUUUUUGAGAUUCGAAAAAACCGGCUUGCGAAAAUAAUAGGUUCAUAAUUAUUUGAAAAAAUUUUCGGAAAAACGUUUAAAAAUUGUUCAUGAGUAACAAUUUUUUGAGGACUAACAGAACUUUUUAAAUUUCGGAAAAAUUCCAAUAAUGUCAGGGGCGAUGUUCUUUAUAUUUUAUCAUUCGGGUUACAAAUUUCCAACCUGUAGUUUUGUUAAAAAAUUUCUGUUUCAUUAUUUUUUUUUUCCAUUUCCAUUUGGAGUAUCAUCAGAAUUUGUAAGCUUCGAAAUUUCCUGUAACUCUAUAAUUUCGCGAUGAUUUUCGAGAUAUGAUUUCUUAAGUUUUGUUGUCAAAAAUUUUCAGCGAUCGAAAACCUUAUGCAUUAUUUUCAUAUAAAAUUCAAAUCAAAUUUUACAGUUGAAACUAGGAACCUUUUUUUUCAAAAAUUUCAUUCAUUUCUAUUUUUCUUCAAAUACAAUUUCUCAUUUUCUUGAAGAUCACAAACAUUUAUUUUUUAAUGUGAUUUUUAAAAUCUCAUUUUUAAGUUGAAUUUUUUCAGCGAUCAAAAAUCAUGUUUUAUCAUACUCAUCUAUGUUAGUUAUCAAAUUUUCACCUCCACUUCAUUUAUGUUCAUCAAUAAGUUCCAAACUUGUUUUCCGUCUGAAAAAAACUGCUUAUCAGUUCAACACCAACAUAACACACAAAAUUAUGUAUGUUGUGUUGAUGAUUGGAACAAAGUUUUUUUGAAUAUCAAAAAUGUAUCAAUUUUCGAUUGGAAAAAUUCAAACACAGGAAGCUGAAAAAUUUCUAAAACAAAAAUAGAAAUUAAUUCUAAAUUGUCAUGAAGGGUCACGCAGAAAUUAUCAUUUUCUAUAGGAAAUCGAACAUUUUUAGAUUUUUUUUUAAAAAAAAAAGGGUAGAAAACUCAUUUGAGAUCACGCGGGAAUUUUUGCAAAAUUUGCUCAAAAAUUUAUGAUUUGUGUUGGGUGCUCUUUCACUCUCGUGACUAAUACUUCCGCGAACUUCAAAAUACCAUCUUGUUUUUCCCUUUUUCUUACAAUUUCUCUCAUCCGUAUCCAAACAAAAAAAAAAUAAAAGUGUAUAAAAACAUUGUAGAUACCAUAUAAUUUCAGUACUUUGUUGGAAAAAACAUGGUGUUUGCAGGAGGUAUGUUUUUUGCACUGUCUUAUCAUUUACAUUAGAAAUGUGAAAAUGAAAAAUAAGUUGUUGCAUACUCAUUAUUUUACCAUGCUAAUUAUUAUAGAAAAGUCAGCAAAACAUCAAAUAUUCGGACCAUUUCUGAAGUUCAUCAAAUUGACUGGUUUGGAUUGCACGGCUUUGAAAAAGUAUCGAGAUGGAAAAGGAAAUCGAUGCAUCGGAUAUUUAUCACACAUCUUUGCCAUUGUUGUUAUUUUUGCAAUGUUUUUCAGAAUGACUAAAUACAUGGCAGUUGAUGGAAAGGUAAAUGAAUAUAUUUUGAGAGUUUUUGAAUAUGAACCCAGUUAUGGGAGACUUGAAUCUAAGUAGAACUCUAUUUCAAAUUAAUUUCAGGUUCUCAGUUUUGCUUGGUCAGAAGCUAAUGUUUUCGGAUUCAUGUCACUUCACGCAAUUGUUUGCACUUUUUGUCUAUAUGGUUGGACAAAAAAUGGAUUCAUUUCAAACUUUUUGAAAAACUUUGAAGAAGUUAAACGACUCAGACUCUCAAUCAGUGAUACAGUUGAUGACUAUUCUGGAACACACAAAAAAUGCUUUAUUUUCCCCAUUCCACUUUUUGCAGUUCUUAUGGUUUCUGCUAUUUUCAAUGCGGUUUAUAAUAAAUAUACACACGGAGGGUGAGCAUAACAAUUUUCAAAAAAUUAUCAACACCUAAUUUUAAUUUAGAGUUGAAGUCGAAGUUUAUUUGUAUAUUGUGAUGCCUAUUCUCAUGUUUUUGACUUGGAUGGUUGUUUCUUUGACACUGAUUAUUUACAACUUGGUGCAUUCUGCAUUGAAUCGUGAAAUGGAAUUUUUUAACGAAGAACUCCAAAAAGCAGCUGAUGAAAAACUUCUUCUCGACAGACAACAAUUCACAGCAUUCAGUCAUAGACAAACCGAAAUUUUGAAAUUAGUCAAAUCUUCGAACGAAUCUUUGGGAAGUUAUGCCAAAUUUGCUCCACUUUUCGGCUUUUUCAGUCUUAUAAGUGCUAUUUUCAAUUGCAGGUAAGCAUUUGUUUGUUGAAAUAACAAUAAUCCAAAAAUGUUUUUUCAGCUAUCUUGAGACUUUGCCAGGAGUUUAUUCGUUAUGUAUGUUUGGAUUUGUUGUUUGCAUUAUUGCAAUUAUAAUUCUCUCGCUUAAACCACCAACUGCUCUUCAAGAUCAUUUGACAGCUACUUCGAAAAUUCUCAUUUUGAAUGAAGAUAUCGAAACAACUGCUGAUGCACAUAUUUAUCAGAUCUAUAGAAUUAUGGUUGAUCGAAGUUUGAAUUAUGAUACAAAAAUGUAUCUUUUGAAUGGUUUCCCAAUUACAACUGUCAAUUUCAAUAUUGCAAUGUUUAUUGUUCCAAAUUUAGGACCAUGUUUGAUGCUUCUCAGAAAACUACUUGAAAUGAAUAAUCAAGUCGUCACAGUGGCUCAGUAA